GAUUGAAACUUUCACUUGAGUUGAAACAAACGCAGCCACACGCUGCGACAGCGGAGUUUCCUGUGCGCACUGAGAGCCGAGGCACUACAGUACAUAGGAAAUGACUCAUAGGAGUUGAACUGUUCGGCGUGGGUGUGUGCGCUGUUAAAACAAGGCGAAGUCCUACGUAUGACUCACUCUGAUGCUCGCUUUUCCAUGCUGAAAACCAGCACGGAUUGUUAAUCAGAUGAACUUUCGGGAAUUGUGUUGCCGACUGCGAACAGCUUCCCUCCAGCACGCCUCAUGGCUUCCACCGCUCUUUGCACAUUGUGCGGAUUUAUUCUAGCGGCUGUGGCCAGUCUCCACUGCGUCAGCGCACAAAAAAGUCUGUGCCGCAACUCGGAAUUUUGGAACUCUGAUCUGGAAGUUUGCGUGCCCUGUGCGUCGUGCAGGCAGUACCCAAAGACCCCAUCAUGCAACACAUGUAAAUCAGUUGAGGAGACUUCUGAUGUGUGGAGACUAGCGGCCAUCACCAGUUUCUCAGUGCUGGCUGCGGUUCUGGUUGGGGCUGCGCUGAUCAUCGGGGUCAUGGUGCUUCGGCGCAAGUCACACAAACAGCCUCUACGUGAACCCAUUGAAGAGACUGCAGGGCCUCUUUAUCAAGCUUAAACAGCUGACCUCAUCUUCUUCUGGAAACGGAUGAAAGACACCAGGCGGAGGAACCUCUGGACCACAAUCAUAGCCUGACUGCAGGGUGUGCCUUGACCGGAAUCGGACCAUUUUUAUUUAUUAGACUGUUAGAUAUAAAGAUGUGCUCAGUUCUCAAGCUCAGUCGAAGUUCUGUGGUGAGGACGGGACUUACUAAGAGCAACAUUCCUAUCUUUGAUGGAACAGUAACACCUUCCUACCGUAAUAGUGGUCUCAUCUUAGAUUUGUGUUCCUUUUACUUAUCCUUCUAACUGAGAUUUGGAUGUGCCGGAUCUUUGUGGGUUGAGAUUCACAAACAGUCCAUGCAGGUGAUUAGGGUUCUGCAGCAUAGAAUGUAACACGGAUGUGGCUCCCGUGCAGUCCAGUGGGGUAAGACUCUUUGCUGGCCAUGUACCCCAACAGCGUGAGGAACACAUACUGCGGCACAUCAGGGCCGUUUGAAUGUAGCUACCAUUAGGUGAACUGUUUUUUUUUUUACACUUCUUUCCUACCAUUAUGUCCGUGUACCUGUUCUUUCAGCAGCCCGUGACGAAGCUGUUGACCGAGAAAACAAACUGCACUCAUGCACUGCUACUAUCCCUCCUGAAUCUGUGCACUCCUGAGUUUCAGGUCAAUGCAUUAUUGCCAUCUCUGUUCUUGUGUGACUACGUUUUUUUUUCAUGGACUUGUAACACAAUUCCAGGAUCUGCAUCGCUGUCACAGCGAUCGUAAGAUCUCCAUGCAUGAAACACUAUAAGUUCCCAAACUGCUAACAUGUGGGAAUGCUGCGAGGAAUGUACUGUAGUGAAGAAAAAUACCUGCAGUGUUUUCAUUGGACACUCAUCUUGCAGUGCACACAAUCUUUGACCGCUAAACUUUUCUCAAAGCAAAAAAACAGACGCACUUUUCAUUGUGAAGUGCUUAAUAGUGUAUAGCAAUUAUUCUUUUUUUCAUUUUCUUUCUACUUUCCUUUGUGAUGCAGCAAAAACUUCUUGAAAUCUUGUUUUCUAACGCCCCCGACAAUGUUUCAGGUCAUCUUUUAGGAUCUGUCUGCUCUGUGUUUGUCCUCUGGCGCCAACAUUAAAGCAAUUUCUUUCAUAGUUUCUUUUUAUGUUUAUGUUAUUUAUUUAAAAAAAAUACUUGCAGUGAUGUACUGCAUCAGGUGUGAGGGGACAAAGACAAAGGGACUUUGAGAAACUUCCAGCAGACCAGCCUUCAAAAAUGACUAAGAAAUACCUUUUUUUUCUUUUUCUUUCCUUCCAGUACAUGCACUGGCUUUUCUUUACUCACUUUAUAAACUGCUUUGUGUAGCAAAUGUAUUUUCACAAUAAAAAUAACUUUCAUGAA